AUAAUUUGAAAUUCAUGUCAUAUGUUUUAUAUGUAAAUAAACAAAAAAUCAGCAACUCAAGCAAGCAAAACUUGGAUAUCAAUAUAGAGAAUGGACUCGAGCUCACAAGUAAACACAAAAAAAAGAAGCAGAAAUUCGUGGACUGAAGGUGGCGUGCAAUUAUUUCUAGAACUGUGGGCGGAGAAUCUUCCUCAAUUGCGAGGCCCCCGGCGAAAUGGCCACAUAUUUAAGGAUAUGGCCAAAGAGAUGUGUGAAAUGGGGUACAUGGUAACCGCUUCGGAAGUGCAGAGGAAAGUGCACAACUUCACCCAACGGUUUAGGAAGGAACAGCAGUGUGUUGGAGUUUUGGCCGGGAUGUCAACUAACUGGAAGUACUUUCAGAUAUUGCAAAGAAUUCUAGGCAAUUCACCCAUACAUAACUCCAUAGAAUUAGUUUGCGAAAGUAUAGCAGACCAGGUCCCGUCUUCAAAUGAUGCAUCAUCUCCAUGUUCAUCGGCAGAUCCAAUACCUAAUUCUGAGUUGAAUGAUUCUAAAACACCUGCAGAAAAAAGAAAAAAAAGAAAGAAAAAAGAUGUAAAUGAAAACCUUUUGGAACAGUUUCAGAAUUUGGUGGAGGUGGAGAAACGUCGCAUCGAGCUGCAGGAACGCACAGAUGAGAGAUUUUUAAAUUUAAUGAAAGCAAGCAAUGAUACUUUGUCGCGUAUCGCGUCAAUAAUGGAAAGAGGCUUUCUGUAUACACGAAUCGCUGAACACAAUAACAUCAGCAAUGACUAAGCAUUUUUGUUGACUUGGCAGCGGUGAACGAUUAUUAUUUAUUAUAAUUUAUAAUUAUUAUUAUUACAAUAUUAUUAGUUAGAUAAAGUUGUUUUCUUCUUUUCCAUGUAUUUAGAAUAGUAAGAUUAAGUAAUUAACCUAAUCUAGGUUAACUUCUAGUUUUAAGUUAUACUAUUUAGAUUGGAGACAAAGAUUACGUUAG